AUGACACAGGCCAGGAUAGACGAAUGUCACCGAGCAGUGACUAAGUUUGUUGUAAAAGGCUUGCACCCUUUUGCCACAGUAGAUGCCCCCGAGUUUCGAGAAAUGAUAAAGACUCUGAACCCUAAGUACAAAGCCCCAAACAGAGACAGUUUAACCAACCACUUGAUCCCUGCUUGGUAUGCAGUCGGAAAGGCAAAUCUGAUUUCUCAGCUGAAACAUGUGUUGAAGGCAGCCAUCACUGCAGAUGGAUGGACAAGUUUUAGUCAAGCUCAUUACCUCACAGUAACGAUGCAUUAUGUCAGGAAUGGCCAGACUCAUGAAAAAGUCCUCAAAACCAAACCAGUGUACCAGGCACAGACAGGGACAGCUGUAGCAGAGGAGAUUGAUGAGAUCUUGGGGGAGUAUGGUAUCAAAGACAAGGUUGUGGCAGCCACUGUUGAUAAUGCGGCCAACAUGGAUGUAGCUGUCAAAAAGCUACAAAUUCUCAAGUUUCCAUGCUUUGCACACACCCUGAACCUUGGAGCUCAGAAGCUCUACAUUUGUCCUGCCAUUUCCAACUGGGUGGCAAGAAUUCGCUCUGUGAUUGUAUGGAUGAAGAGGUCCCACAUGGCAAAAGUGGUCCUGAAGGAGAAGCAAGAGUUGUUCAAGCUGCCCAAGCAUAUGCUGCUCCUAGAUGUAAAGACCAGAUGGAACUCUUUGUAUUUGAUGAUGGAGAGAUUCUGCAAGCAGUUUCCUGCCAUCCAGGCUGCAGCCAUCGAUCCACGGAUAAGAAAGUCCAUAGAAAAGGAAAGACUGGCUAAAAUGGGCAAUGAUCACUUAAGAAAAGCAGAGGAGUUUGUGGUACUCAUGCGGAAGCACUACACCUCCACACUAGCAGUGUCCAGUGACAAAAGUCCAAUCUGUGGUGAGAUUUUGCCCAUCCUGCAAAAGCUACAGCAACACUACACCGUACAAGAAGAUGACUCUGCCUUCACAAGGAGCAUAAAGGAGAACAUUUGGAAAGAUCUUUCCAAACGAUACCAGGACGCAGAUAUCAAGAGCUUCCUGGAGGAGGCCACCAUCUUGGACCCCCGAUUUAAAUCCAAAGUGGAUAAGGAUGAAGUCUGGCACAGGAUCAGGGAAGCAGCAAUUGCAGCAAAGACAGAGGCAGGAGCAGAUGAGCACCUGGAGCAAGGAGACACACAGGGAGAGUUAUUCGAAGAUGAGGAUGAAGAAGACUAUGCGCCACCAGUAAAGCAAAAAAAAAAAAAAAACGGCCUUGGAGAACUCUUUGAAGAAGAGGACAACGAGCUGCAGUCAUUCCAACAACGGCAGCCCGUUCUUUCCCUGGCCCAGAUAGUGGAUCAGGAGAUCCAGCUGUAUAGAAGCCUAACCCCCAUCCCCUGCAAGGAUAACGCAGCCCUAUGGUGGUGGAGCAAGAGAGACUCUGCCCCUGCUGUCAGCACUGGCUGA